UUUGGCUUGUCCUUGCUGCUGAAACGUUGGGCUGGGAGAGUAUAUAUAGGCUUAGGGUGGAUCGUUCUCCAGCCUGUUCAAGCUGCGUGUUCUAAAGGGAGGGAUGGUCGAAGUGCAGCGAUGGUGACAGAGAGCGAACGGAGUUCAGGUGGUUCGGCUGCGUCCAGAAGCGCACGGGAGAACGCGAUUAUGCAGCGUUACAGUUCCAGGUGAAUGCGAGUUUGCUGCGCAGACCCGCGCUCGUGGGGCGCUGCUUUUAACGGAACGCAUUUUCGUUGCUCUUCUCCUUCGCAUUCGUUGUAGAAAACAAGAACAGAUUGUUCAUUGAAAUUGCCAGUCGAUGCCAGAUUGAAACGAGUGGAUUUGGAACAGUUUACUGGACAUUCACAGGGUCUCCUUACUUGACGUGGUCUAAUUAUUUUCGUAUUUAAUUUAAUUUAAUUUAAUCAAAGUGGAGGUAAAAAUUAUUUGAAAGUCGGUGCGGAGAUAAGAUCCGGAGAACAAUAUUACCAUGGCUUUGCAGGAUGUGUGCGGUUUUCGGGACACCCCCGCGUACCCCAGAUGGAACAGUCCGGCCUCGCUGUUCAUGCCUGCGGGAGAUGCCUCUCUGCAGUUCGGAGGGGGAGGGAUCGGUUGUCAUGGAUACCGUUCGGCCACCGGGAGGGACUUUCCCUUGCAGCUGUAUGCGCCGGUCCCGGAGUACCUCACCCAAAGCCCGCUUGAGUUCGGCCAAAUCAGGGCGGACACGGCCCCGAGCCGGCCCCCGCCUCCCAGCCUGGGCUCGGCGCUGUCCCCCCUCCCUCUCCCCUGCCCCCUCUCUCCCUCCCCCUCUCCGCACUCCUCCGUGCCCCUGCCCUUCCCGCUGUCCCACGGCACCACCACGCUGGCGUUUGUGUUCCAGGGUGGCAUCCUGGCGGCGGCGGACACGCGGUCCAGCUGCUCGGGCCUGGUGGCCUGCCCCGCCUCGCAGAAGAUCCUGCCUGUGCACUCGCACCUGGUGGGCACCACGUCGGGCACCUCGGCCGACUGCGCCCUGUGGAAGCGCAUCCUCGCCCGCGAGCUCCGCCUGUACACGCUGCGGCACCGCCGCAGGCCGUCCACAGGGGGCGCCGCCAAGCUGCUCUCCCACAUGCUGCACCCCUUCAGGGGCACCGAGCUGUGCGUGGCCGCCACGCUGUGCGGCUGGGACCUCGAGAUGCGGAGAGAAAGAGAAGAAGGGAUGGAGAGGGAAGAAGAGACCAGCCCCUCAGCGGGAAGGAGAGGGGGCAGUCAACCGUCCACUGCCCAGCCCCGCAGCCAGGAGGAAGAGGCAGGGUGCAAUGACAGAGUGCCGUCCAGCAGGGGGCAGCAGAGUGAUCCAACCCACAGCCCAAGAUGCGGGCCCAGCCUGCACUACGUGUGCAGUGACGGGACCCGCCUGAAGGGGGAGCUGUUCUCGGUGGGCUCCGGCUCGCCCUACGCGUACUCGGUGCUGGACGGCGGGGUGCGCUGGGGGAUGGGCGUGGCCGAGGCCUGCCGAUUGGCUCGUGAGGCGGUGUUCCGCGCCACCCACCGCGACGCCUACUCCGGCAACUGUGUGGACCUGUACCACAUCACCGCCGCCGGGUGGCGCCGCAGAGACAGGGAGGACCUGAAGGAGGAGUACUACAGAGAGAGGGAGAGAGAGAGGGAGAAAGUGGAGGAGAGGAGGAGGGAGAGAGAGAGGGAAGGUAAGGUGCAGGUGAACGGCGGCAGUAUCACCUUCAGACCAUGUGACUUCACCUUCAGACCAUGUGACUUCACCUUCAAACCAUGUAACUUCACCUUCAAACCAUGUGACUUCACCUUCAGGCCGUGUGACUUCACCUUCAGGCCAUGUGACUUCACCUUCAGACCAUGUGACUUCACCUUCAGACCAUGUGACUUCACCUUCAAACCAUGUAACUUCACCUUCAAACCAUGUGACUUCACCUUCAGGCCGUGUGACUUCACCUUCAGGCCGUGUGACUUCACCUUCAGGCCGUGUGACUUCACCUUCAGGCCGUGUGACUUCACCUUCAGGCCGUGUGACUUCACCUUCAGGCCGUGUGACUUCACCUUCAGGCCGUGUGACUUCACCUUCAGGCCGUGUGACUUCACAACACGCUUCAAUCAGAAAAGACACUGA